AUGCAGCUGGCGCCGCUGGCGCUGGCACUCACCACGCUCUUCAUCGACGGCUUGAGGACAGGAGCGAGAAGGCAGAAGCUGCACCCCAGACAAGCCAAGCUGCUGGAGAAGCUCAGCGAGUACGAGAUCGUGACUCCUACCCGGGUGAAUGAGUUCGGCGAGCCCUUCCCCACUGAUGUCCACUUCAGGCGGCGGCGGCGGAGCACCAGCGCUGCCCCCGACGCCUGGACGGCCGCCUCCGCCGCCUCCCCCAAGGCUCACUACAGGCUCUCCGCCUUCGGGCAGCAGUUUCUCUUCAACCUGACGGCCAGUUCGGCCUUCAUCGCUCCCCUCUUCACCGUCAGCCUCCUGGGAGAGCCCGCCGCAGACCAGCGGCGCCUGUACGCCGAGGCGGCCGACGCCGACGUGAAGCACUGCUUUUACCGGGGUCACGUCAACGCCCACCCGCGGCACACCGCCGUCAUCAGCCUCUGCUCCGGGAUGCUAGGCACGUUCAAGUCUGAUGAUGGGGACUAUUUCGUAGAGCCAAUGCUAUCACUUGAAGAACAGGAGUAUGAAGAAGAGCACAAUAAACCGCAUCUAGUCUACCGACACCGGACACCUCCAACCAACUCUUCAGGGGACAGGCGGACUUGCGAUACUCCAGAUCAUGAACACAGUCACAAAAAGAACAAGCAGAAACACUGGAGAAGGCAGCGAGUAGAAAGCAGCAUAUUAUCUGACGUGGAGAUGUUGAAACAUAGCUUGGAAAUGAAUUCAUUUUCUGUGAAUAGCAACAAGACUGGGAACAUCAGUGAAAAGAAGAGCCACAAACGAACAAAGCGCUUUCUCUCAUACCCUCGGUUUGUGGAAGUGAUGGUGGUGGCUGACAGCAGGAUGGUUGCCUACCACGGGGCCAAUCUACAGCACUAUGUCUUAACGUUAAUGUCAAUAGUGGCUUCUAUCUACAAAGACCCAAGCAUUGGGAAUUUAAUUAAUAUUGUUAUUGUGAAAUUGGUCGUGAUACAUAAUGAGCAGGAUGGUCCUGCAAUAUCUUACAAUGCCCAGACAACAUUAAAAAACUUUUGCCAAUGGCAGCAAUCCCAGAACCACCCUGAAGGAAGUCACCUUCAACAUGAUACAGCUGUGCUUGUUACCAGACAGGAUAUUUGCAGAGCGCACGACAAAUGUGAUACUUUGGGUCUGGCAGAACUGGGCACAGUCUGUGACCCUUACAGGAGCUGUUCAAUUAGUGAAGAUAACGGACUGAGCACUGCUUUCACAAUAGCACAUGAACUUGGCCAUGUGUUUAACAUGCCACAUGAUGACAAUCACAAGUGUAAAGAAGAUGGAGGUAAAAAUCAACAGCACGUCAUGGCGCCAACACUGAACUUCUACACCAACCCCUGGAUGUGGUCAAAAUGCAGUAGGAAAUACAUCACUGAAUUUCUGGAUACUGGUUAUGGCGAAUGUUUGCUUGAUGAACCUUCAUCAAGAACUUACACAUUGCCUCAGCAGCUCCCAGGGCUGAUUUAUGACGUUAACAAACAGUGUGAGUUAAUUUUUGGACCUGGAUCUAAAGUGUGCCCGUAUAUGCAGAUGCAGUGUCGACGUCUUUGGUGCAUUAACAUCGAUGGAGCACACAAAGGAUGUCGCACCCAGCACACACCUUGGGCUGAUGGGACAGAAUGUGAGCCUGGAAAGCACUGCAGGUUUGGGAUGUGUGUGCCCAAAGAGAGAGAGGCACCCGUGAUAGAUGGAGCAUGGGGCACCUGGAGCCCUUUUGGGACCUGCUCGAGAACCUGUGGUGGUGGCAUAAAGACGGCGAUACGGGAGUGCAACAGGCCUGAGCCUAAAAAUGGUGGCAAAUACUGUGUGGGCCGUCGUAUGAAGUUCAAAUCCUGCAACACAGAACCAUGCUCGAAGCUGAAGAAGGAUUUCCGGGACGAGCAGUGUGCUGAUUUCGACGGGAAGCACUUCAACAUCAACGGGCUGCCCACGAACGUGCGCUGGGUUCCCAAAUACAGUGGCAUCCUGAUGAAGGAUCGGUGCAAGCUGUUCUGCCGCGUGGCAGGAAACACAGCCUAUUACCAGCUGCGGGACCGCGUCAUCGACGGGACGCCCUGCAGCCCGGACACAAAUGACAUCUGUGUACAGGGCCUCUGCCGGCAAGCUGGAUGUGAUCAUGUGCUGAAUUCAAAAGCAAGAAGAGAUAAAUGUGGUGUUUGUGGUGGAGAUAAUUCUUCAUGCAAAACUGUUGCAGGCACAUUUAACACGGUGCAUUAUGGUUAUAACAUUGUGGUCCGCAUCCCAGCUGGUGCAACUAAUAUUGAUGUGCGUCAGCACAGUUACUCAGGGAAACCAGAGGAUGACAACUACCUGGCCUUAUCUAACAGUCAAGGAGACUUUAUAUUAAAUGGAGACUUUGUCGUCAGUAUGUUUAAAAGGGAAAUCAAAGUUGGGAAUGCUGUGAUCGAAUACAGUGGAUCGGAUAAUACUAUUGAAAGGAUUAAUUCUACAGAUCGGAUUGAGCAAGAGAUAACACUUCAGGUUUUAUCAGUGGGCAAUUUGUACAAUCCUGAUGUUCGUUACACGUUUAAUAUUCCUAUUGAGGACAAGCCUCAGCAGUUUUACUGGAAUGCAUAUGGCCCGUGGCAGCCCUGCAGCAAGCUCUGCCAAGGAGAACGGAGAAGGAAGCCUGUGUGUACGAGAGAGUCGGAUCAGCUCACAGUGUCAGACCAGCGCUGUGAUCGCAUACCCCAGCCUGACCCCAUCGCUGAGCCUUGUAACACGGAAUGUGAAUUAAGGUGGCACAUCGCAAGGAAGAGCGAGUGCACGGCCCAGUGUGGGCUGGGGUACCGUACCCUGGAGAUCUACUGCUCCAAGUACAGCAGGCUGGAGGGGAAGAUAGAGAAGGUCGACGAUCGCUUCUGCAGCAGCCAGCCCAAGCCGAGCACGAGGGAGAAGUGCACUGGAGAGUGUAACGUGGGAGGGUGGCGGUACUCAGCCUGGACAGAGUGCUCCAAGACCUGUGGUGGGGGCACGCGGCGGCGGCGAGCGAUGUGUGUGAACACCUACAACGAUGUCCUGGAUGACAGCAAGUGCAGUCAGCAGGAGAAGCUGACAGUGCAGCGAUGCAGUGACUUCUCCUGCCCCCAGUGGAAAACUGGUGACUGGUCUGAGUGCCUGGUGACCUGUGGGAAAGGGCACAAACACCGCCAGACCUGGUGCCAGUUUGGAGAAGAUCGAUUAAACGACAGGUUUUGUGAUCCCGAAACGAAGCCAGAGUCGGUGCAGACAUGCCAGCAGCAGGAGUGUGCUUCGUGGCAAGUGGGGCCAUGGGGCCAGUGCACCAUGACCUGUGGCCAAGGCUACCAGAUGAGAGCAGUGAAGUGUGUCGUGGGCACCUAUGUGUCAGUGGUGGAUGAUAAUGAGUGUAAUGCUGCAACAAGACCAACAGAUACCCAGGACUGUGAAAUAGCAUCAUGUCCUCCCCAUCCAAAUAGUCCUGAAGCCAAAAGAUCCCUAUCAGGCACUCACAGGACACAGUGGAGAUUUGGAUCCUGGACACCGUGCUCCGCAACAUGCGGGAAGGGUACUCGGAUGAGAUACGUCAGCUGUCGGGAUGACCAGGGCUCAGUGGCUGAUGAGUCAGCUUGUUUCCACCUCCCAAAGCCGUCAGCCACGGAAACGUGCACCGUGACACCGUGUGGGCAGUGGAAGGCCUUGGAGUGGAGCUCUUGCUCGGUGACAUGUGGUCAAGGUAAGGCAACGCGACAAGUGAUCUGCAUCAAUUACAGUGACCAGCUGGUGGAUAGGAGUGAGUGUGAUCCAGAUGACCUCCCUGCCACCGAGCAAGACUGCUCCAUGUCUCCUUGUCAUCCAAACAGCCAUGACUACGGCAGGCCCAUCCACCCUUUCCUCUAUCCGGAUCAUCGCCUGAAACUGCACCCUGGAGGCAGCCCGAACCGAAACCGUGCACAUAUACCAGGAGGCAAUCAGUGGAGGAUUGGCCCCUGGGGUGCUUGCUCUAGCACGUGCGCAGGGGGGUUCCAGCGGCGGGUCGUGGUGUGCCAGGAUGAAAAUGGAUACACCGCAAACAACUGUGAUGAGAAAAGCAAACCCAUGGAGCAGAGAUCCUGCGAAUCUGGCCCCUGUCCUCAGUGGGCUUAUGGCAACUGGGGAGAGUGCACGAAGCCAUGUGGGUCAGGGACAAGAACACGGCUGGUGGUGUGCCAACGCCCUAAUGGAGAAAGGUUUACGGAUCUGAGCUGUGAAAUCCUUGACAAGCCACCAGACAGAGAGCAGUGCAACGUGCAGGACUGUCCUAGAGAUGCUGCCUGGAGUGCUGGUCCUUGGAGCUCGUGUUCUGUCUCCUGUGGAAGGGGCCAAAAGCACCGCAAUGUAUACUGUUUGUCAAAGGAAGGGAGGCAUGUAGAAGAAGAUUAUUGCAAGCACCUUGCUAAGCCCAACAUGCAAAAGAAAUGCAGAGGGGGCAGAUGUCCGAAGUGGAAAGCAGGAGAUUGGGGACAGUGCUCCGUGUCCUGCGGCCAGGGUGUCCAGCACCGCGUCGUGCAGUGCCACAGCGGCACCCCGAAGGCAGCCGAGGAGGCAGAGUGUGACCCGGCCCUCCGGCCCCCUCCGCAGCGGGACUGCCACCUCCCCGAGUGUCCCACGCACCACUGGGCAGCCGGCGAAUGGCAGGCGUGCCUGAAGACGUGUGGGGAGGCAUCUCGAUACCGCAAGGUGGUCUGCAUGGACGAGAACAAGCGGGUGCAGAGCAGCGGCUACUGCGAUGCCAGCAAACGGCCCCCCGAAAUCGAGAGCUGUGGGCUGCCGCCCUGCGAGUACAUCUGGAUCACCGGGGAGUGGUCCGAGUGCUCCGUCACCUGUGGGAAAGGAUACAGACAGCGCCUGGUGUCCUGCAGUGAGAUUUACACUGGGAAGGACCACUAUGAGUAUGGGUACCAGAACAUGGUCAACUGUCCUGGCACACAGCCUCCCAACAUCCAGCCCUGCUACCUCGGGGAGUGUCCUGUCUCGGCGUCCUGGCGUGUUGGCAACUGGGGAAGUUGCUCUGUCACCUGUGGAGUUGGAGUCAUGCACCGCUCAGUGCAGUGUCUGACAAAUGAUGACCAGGUCAGCAGUUUAUGCCAUGUGGAUCUGAAACCUGAAGAGAGGAGGACAUGCCAUAAUGUCCAUGACUGUGAAUUACCAAGGAGUUGCAGAGAUGUUAAGAAUCUCAAAGGUGUUGCUGAAGAUGGUGAAUAUCUGCUUCAAGUCAAAGGAAAGACGUUAAAGGUCUAUUGCUCUGGGAUGCAAACUGACAGCCCAAAGGAGUACAUAACCCUUGUAAAUGGGGAUGCAGAGAACUUUUCAGAAGUGUAUGGAUACAGAUUGCAUAACCCAACCGAAUGUCCGUAUAACGGGAGCAGACGAGAAGACUGCCAGUGUAGGAAAGAUUACACAGCAGCUGGGUUUUCCACCUUCAGCAAAGUAAGGCUGGACCUGAACACUAUGCAAAUAAUAACGACUGAUUUACAGUUUGCACGGACACAUGAAGGACGGCCUGUGCCUUAUGCCACUGCUGGGGACUGCUACAGUGCAGCCAAGUGCCCACAGGGUCGCUUCAGCAUAGACCUCUAUGGGACAGGCCUGUCCUUAACAGGAACAGCAAAGUGGCUCUCACAAGGGAAUUAUGCAGUGUCAGAGAUUCAAAAAUCCCCAGAUGGUACCAAAGUAGUAGGAAAAUGUGGUGGUUACUGUGGGAAGUGCACUCCAUCAUCUGGAACAGGCCUCGAUGUUCAGGUGUUAUAACGACGGUUCUCUGAGAGCAGCCAGCGGAGAUGAGAUGGAUGAAG